AUGUGGUACAAGGAACAGGCUGGAAGUUUACGGUGGAUUUACCGGAGUUCCGAGUUUGCAUUGCCAGAUGGAAAAUACUCAAGUGCAGUGAACACUGCGACAAACUCUUUUUCUUUAAUUAUCAGUAAUGUACAAAGAGAGGACUCGGGGGUUUAUUACUGUGGCCUCUUUUCCUUUAUCUAUGUACAGCCCAACUUCGGGAAUGGGACCAGACUAAUUAUCACAGAUGCCUCCGAGCCGAGACUUUCCAUUCUGGUGCCCUCUACCCCAGAGGAUGCUGAGCUUCCCUCCGUCAUUCCUCUGCUCUGCCUGCUCUCUGAUUUCACUCCUCCCUGGAGUGCUGUUCUCUGGGACAUUGGUGAGGAGGCGUCUGAGGGUCUGAUGGAUGCUGGAGCCAUAGAUGGGAAUGGGAUCUUUAGUGUUUGGAGCCUAAUGACAAUCCCUUCUGAGACAUGGAACCAGAAGACAACCUGCAAUUGUACAGCCAAGGAGAACAGCCCGGGGAGAAGCAUCAGUGCUACAGUCUUCAAGGAAACAGAGAGAAGAGACACUGGAGACUGUAGGAUUGUGUUCUACGCUGGGCUGCCCUGUAUUUUCACCCUUCUCCUGAUCCAGCUGUUGAUCUUGCUCUGGAGAAAGUGCCCCAUCAGAGGUAGAGCUGUGCAAAGAGAGAAUCCAAUACCUAUGAGGCAGAACCCACAGACUGAAUAUGCGGCUCUGACGUAUAAUAACAGAAAUGUUCCUUGGUGACUGAUGUAAUGUCACAAAAGUGGUUUACAUUUUUUAAAAACAAGAGAUGCAAAAAGAAAGAACGAAAGAGAAAGCGAGAGAACUUUGGAAAGCCUCAUGUUUGUA